UGGAUCUGUUCGUUUUACUACUACGUGGGGGGAGAGAGAAAGAGAGAGAGAAAAAAAAAAGUAUUUAAAAUACAAUUUUUUUUUUGUAAAUGUAUGUUUUGGAGUGUAUUUACAUCUUGACUUUGUGAAGAAGAUAUUGUUGAUGUGUGAUCACUUCUAUUUAAUGAGGGUUGAUGUUUCACUGUGUGUUGCUUUUCAAAAGUGUCCGGAUGUCGGUCCCUUGUUGCUGUUCGCUUAGAAUGUUUACGGAUCAUGUGGUUUCUCGUAUCUAACCUCUGGAACUGUGGCAUGAAGGCGCGUUGUUUCAUCAUCAGUGGGACCUAUUCUCAAUAGCUUCGUGUGUUUGGUAUCACUGUUGAAAUAGUGUCGACCUCAAAUAUAAAGGAUAACCAUGUUCUUUCAUGCCAGUUUGUAGUACUCAAAGAUCAUCUUGAGAAGACAUCCUCCCCCUCCCCGAGACAGCUCAUCGUUUGUUAUCUGCUGCUGUUUAUUGAAGGCUCAACAUCCAAUCAACAUUGUUAGAAGACGCUCUCAUGACGUUGUGUUGAUGCUGUUUGUUGUUGCGACUAAUGAGUCGUGCACUCUGUCCCAAAACGCUAGCAAGGCUAAGACAACACUGUCUGGAAAAGUCGGAGGGGGCAACAGAAAGUAGAAAGGAAAAAGCAAAAAGGCAGCCGGUGCAUAAAAAAGGGGUCAGAGGUUGACGUCUGCUGCCAGUGUUUUGUACUUGGGAGUUAUCUCGCUUGCCAUACGCAGACUGCUGACUAAUUGUCCUAAGACCCUACAAUGGACAAGUUGCUAUUAAUUUCCUUGGUGGCUUUAGGAUGGACAGAGGCCAGGUGUCCGCACAGCUUGUCCGGGAAGAAAUACCCCCUGACCAUUGGUAUGUUGUCCGCCAGUAACAGAGACCUGGUCACCCAGAAGACCAUACAACAGUACCUGAACUUUACCGACACGGUCAACAACUGCUUUGAGAAACCUCACUACAUCAACCUGCUGAUCAACAGUACGCUAAAGAUACCUGAGCAUGGCUGGACCUACGUCCAGAGAGGAAUUGAGAAAGCACUGAAAGAACAGGGAGCUGACCAAGGCAUACAGCCGAACCUAAUCAUCGGUCCAUUCUACACUAACCUAGCCAUAGUCCUCCAGAAGAUAAAAAUACCAUACAUCAUGACGGCAUAUAAAGGGUUUGACUGGAUAGACAUGAGUCGUGUCCAAGACACCAUCAAAUGGAAGACGUUAAUCGAGAUACGCCCCCCAGCGGCGGAUCUCAAUCGCGCCAUUGUGGACUACUUCAUCGUCAAGCAAUACGAGAGCGCUCUGAUGAUUAUGCCAGAGAGCGCCGCUGAUAACCAAGAGUGCCACAACCUGGCAGCCACGAUGUUGAACAACAGUUUGUCUUUGAUUCCCUUCACGGUGGACCCCAGCUCCAGCGCCAUCAACGAAAGUGUCUCUGAGGUGCUCCGGAACGCCCAGCUGUCCAGCCAACAGCGAAUAAUAGUCUGCAGCCCCCGAGAUACCAGGGACAAUUUGAUUCGUAAAGUCUUAGUGAAGGCCAGAUCUUAUGGAAUGUUGCACCAGCCAGACAUGACUUUUUUCUUCAUGGAUCCGGCUUCUUACUACGAACCUUUCUCUGGGGCCAGCAAGAUGUACGAACUGGGGCUCUUCUCUCGGCGCUGCGAGCUACUGGCGUACCGCUACAUCAGGCCUGAGGGCACUACCAUAGAGGAAAACAACGCGGCGGCCAUCGACACUGCCAAGCUGACGUCUUUGGCCUUGGACAAGUACCUUAGGUUACCCAAGAGUAAUAAGGAUGUCAUAGACAACGAAAAAUUUCUAAGGGUCAUCAAAGAGACCAAUUUUACAGAUGGACGAACUGGGAAGAUUUACUUUGACAAAAAUGGUCAGAGGAAAAAUUUUCACUUGUACCUGUACGACCACGGGGGAGAGGAGAGCAUGUACAAGACGAUUGCAAGGUGGGGUCCGAACGGUGCAAAUUCUGACUUGCGCCUUAAUCUGACCAACUCGACCCAGCACGACAAUGGUGACCGUGAAUAUGGAAUAAUGCCAGACUUAGUUCGGAUAGUUGUAGUCGAGGAAGAUCCAUUUGUCAUAAGGCGGAGUGAGCCUAUCUUGGGGGAUUACUAUGAAGGUUUCUCAAUAGAUCUCAUCAAAAGACUAGCUCAAGAGCUCAAGUUUAAAUAUGAGCUCUAUGUUAGCCCAGGCAACGUCUACGGAGCUAAAAAUCUUCUGACCAACCAAUGGGACGGAAUGGUCAACGAGGUUCUCAGCGGUAACGCUACGCUGGCCUGUGGCGCCAUCUCUAUCACCUCCGCACGUGAAACAGUGAUUGACUUCAGCCUUGGCGUGGUCAGUACUGGGGUCAACAUUCUGGUCAAGCGCCCAGAUGAGGACCUAACUAUCUUUCAGUUCAUGAUGCCUUUCUCCUUGGAGCUCUGGAUGGCCAUUCUGGGAGCCUCCACUCUAGUGACCAUAGUCUUCUUUGCUAUGGACUACUGCAGCGAGGAGGAUAGGAGAUUUACACUGAAGGAAACGAUAUGGUUCACCAUUGGGACCCUCCUGAAACGUGGCACUGACUUCGCCCCUGUACCCAUCUCACAGAGGAUUCUAACUGCCGGGUUUUUAUUCUUCGUCCUCAUCACAGUGUCCACCUACACCGCUAACAUGGCGGCCUUUCUGACCAUUAAGAACUUUGGGGAGACAGUCAACUCCUUCGAGACUCUAGCGGAAUCCAAAAAGAUCGGUGUCAGCACCGUCAUCAACUCCGCCACGAUGGCCUUUUUAAAAAACGACCAGGGACAGAAAAAUGUGUAUAAGAAAAUAUGGAGCAAGGUUCUGGGUUCAAACGGUCAAGUGGUCAACGCUUCUGAGGGCAUGAAAAAGGUCAAGAAAGGGACACACGCCUUUAUCUUUGACUACCUUAUCAACGAGGCUUUCCAGAACCGGCACUGUGAUGUCAUGGCCGUCAGUAACCCAAUACUUCUGCAAGAGCAUGGUAUCGGCAUGAUGGCGGGUGCCCCUUUUAAAUCUCAUAUCAACAUUGCCCUGUUGAAGUUAAAAGAAGAGGGAUUUAUGGCAAGAAUGAAGAAAAAGUGGUGGGAUGACAAACGAGAGUGUGAGGUUGGCAGCGAUAGUCAGCGGACAGGUGAAGUCAAGUUUAGUGUUGAGCACACCGCAGGUGUGUUCAUCGUUGGGUUGUUUGGCGUCUGCGUGGCGGCCAUGUUGUUUAUCAGCAAAAAAGUCUGGCUACUGAUUCUCGGAGCGUUCCGAAAGCAUCAGAAGCGGCGCAACAAACAGACCAGCCCGGACCAAGAUAGCCCGACGACCAACAACGGAAUGGAAGAGUCCAAAAGAGAACGACUUCGGUUAUAUGUCGGAGAUAAAGGGGAGGCAGUUUGAUCCUCCAGCAUUUUUUUUUUUGUGAAGAAUAGGCCGAAAUUAUGUUUCUAUCAUUUUUUUAAUUCAUAAACAACUUUUAUGUUAUUUAAACUGGACAAUAGUAUAAGAAGAAAAAAUAAGGUGUUAAAUCAAGAAAGUUUUCGUUAAUUAUAUUAGUAAUUUGAAAUGCCCAACAGUGUCUAGCAAUUAUAAAUGAAAUAUGAAAAGCUUAAAUAUAAAUGUACAAAGUUAUGCUGUAGAGUUUAUUAGAAAAACAUAGUACAACAUGUUAUGUAAUAGUCAUGGUUGACAUUUUAAAAGAGUGUAACUAUUCAUGAAGGAAAUAUUACAAAAACUUAAAACAAAACUCUAAUUUAAAAAAAAAAAAUGUGCGUUGGAUCUUACACGAGGUCAAGUAUAUAAGGCACUAUAUGAGUACAAUUUCACAGCUGUGAACUGGAUUCAUGUUUGCAAUGUUCCUUUAAGAUUCCAUUGUUUAGCUUGGUAGGACCUUAUCAGUAAUGAAUCAUGUCAUAUCAGGGAGGAACAAGAAGUGUUCUCUCUCAAACUGAAUACCAAGCAAUGUGCUUGUACUCUAUUACUCCUGGCUUUAUUCAUCCCUGGAAACAUAUGUUCUAUUGAACCAAUGAAGAAGGACCAAGGAUAGGUAACCCAUAACUCGUUCAAGACCUGAGAUGUAUUGUAUUUGUAUGUAUUACUUCCCUUUGACUAAUGCAAUGCAUUCGUUUGAAGCGUAUUUGCAAUUUUCUGAUAAUGCUAUACAUUCAUUUUAAUUUAUUUUCCCCUCGGUUUAAAACAGAAAUUUUGGAAACAUUGUUUGUAAGAUAUUGGUGAAUUUUUGUAUUAUGUUUGAUGAUGUAAUGUUGUAUUUUACAAUUUGAAAUAUUUCUGUGAUCUUUUUGAUAUGACUAUGAAUUGAUACAUUCUUGCACAUAUGACAUGUCUGAAAAGGACAGAACCCUGAUUACUUUGUUUCUGUACAUUACAAUACAGCUUCAUCUUUUAGGAUGUUUACAGUAAAAUACAUCAUAUACAUUUCACUGUAGCUAUAACGUCCAUGACUGUCAUAACCAUAAAUUUAACAUCGACAAUAUUACGUAAUGUAUGUUUUGUUUGAAUGUCAUAAUUGCCACCUAGUGAUUCGGUUAUUUCUGAAAGGUAUCCCUAGCGCUUUUUUUUUACGAUUAGUAGAAAAAAAAAGGAUUAGUUGAUUCUCAUGUACAUCUCCAAGACACGGAGAGUCAAGGAGUCAAGAAAAAAAUUCUGGAAAAGCUCCAAACAGUUCCCUACGCUGAAUAUUGGGAAAUAUCCUCAAUAGGUUGCCGGAAAGGAUAUCUUUUUAUCAACUUGUGGGAAAGCACCAAGCGAAAACUCAUAGUUCAAGAUAUUAAAAGGCGAAAGUUUAUCUGGAUAGGACACAUUGUGAGAAAACCAAAUACCAAUGUUGCAAUACAAUACUCGCCAUUUUGAUUAGGGGUUGACUUUAUGUCAGUUUUGCUAAUAGUUCAUUUAUUUCUUUUUCAAUGUAUGUAUUUUAUGGACAGAUAAUUGAUAUAAUUCAGUAUAAUGAGAAUUAAUUGUCAUAUAUACUUUUUUACAUUUAUGGGAUUGAUAUUUUCGUUGGUAGGUCAUACUUUUUUUUAAUUCUUAAACUCUUAUAUUUGUCAAAAUAUUGUUCUGUAGGUCAAUAGGUUUUGUUCUUUAGACUUGUAUAUAAGUUAUAAUUCUGUUUUCUUUUAUACUGUAAUGUAGGUCGUAUUACUCUGUAAGAAUUUUUAUGUUAAAUAUUUUAUUUUAUUAAAUUUCGUUUUAUUUUAGCUUUUUAAAACUCUAUCAAAACUAUAGUAACUAAUUAUUGUAUGCAUCUAUCAGAUAAGGAACAUGAACAUUAUCUCUUGUUUUAAUCAGUUUCUCGUUAACCUGUUGUCAAGCAUUCCCUAUCGUACUAGGCGAUAACCAAGCCCGUCAUUCUUAGGGUUACCUUCUGGUCUCUUGUUGGCAGAAUCGCGAGCGUCUAUGUUCUUUUGUUACAUCAGCCAAUUUGAGACUUGGUUGUUCGUUGGGCUCACUACCCCGCCCCCAUCUCCUUUCCUCGCCCUAAAAACAACACCUGGUCCUUGUGUAUUCUGAUUAGAAUAAAAUAUAUGUCAAAGUAGAAACAGAGAAACUGAAAUUAUUUCCAAUAAAAUAGUAUUUCAUGAAUAAAUAAAUAUAUAUAUAUAUAUAUGACUACCUUUAAUUUGACAGAAUAUAACAUGCAAUGAAGAUCUAUCUCAAUAGCUUGAUAAACAGUUCAGGCCUCAUAAAAUAUUUUUUUGGAAUCAUUUGUCUAUGGAAGGGGGGGGGGGGGGUUUAGAGGGCUAGCACCUAGAAGUUCUUGGUUCAUUUUUAGUCAAUUUCGGCCUCUCACCUGAGACUACCACUUUCGUGACAAUCACUAGCUGUUACAUGCGGAAACUGCACGGACAGGUCAAAGGUUAUCUGAGGUGUGCAUAAUACUAAGACUACUUCUGAUUGAGUGAUUGACACCCUCGUUGCUAUAGGAAGCAGAGGAAGGUUGACCUUUUUUUUUUUUGCUUUAAUACUAAAAUCAAAAUAAAAGAUGAACACUUCGAAAUAUUUCUCCA